AUGUCUCAGCAGUCUAUCUGGACCCAUUUGGUUCGAUUUGAGCACAAAGGGGUGCCCACUUUUGCCCAAGUCGUGAACCCCAAGGCAGAUGGAGACCUGGAUGAACAGUUCGAAGUCGAGAUCGCGACCGGGGACCCUGUCUUCAACAACAUCAAGUUGACGGGUGAGAAGGCCACGGUGAUCAGGAACAAGCUGCUGGCGCCAUUUGCCACGGUUCCCAUGGUAGUCAACACAGGUCUUAAUUACAAAGAUCAUGUUCAGGAAUCCCUGUUCUACAGCGCCCCGGAUUUGUUUCCCAACAUGCCGUACAUCUUUUAUCGCCCGGCGACAUCUCUGGCGCCACCGUACCCGGCCUUGCUCCGAACGUACAAGGUCCAGCAAGAAUGUCUUGACUAUGAAGGAGAGAUGGUGUUCCAGACGGGCUCCCGACCACUGAAAGACAUCUCGGUCGAAGAAGCCGCCAAGAACAUCGUCGGGUUCACGACAGGGUGCGACUUUUCCCCACGUCCAGGCAAAAUCCUCGGGCGCAUGAACUUCAUCUUCUCCAAGGCUUUUGAUAACUGGACUCCCGCAGGCCCGGUCUUGGUCCACCCCAGUGUCGUGGGCAAUCCUCCUAAAUUGGAGCUGACUACCAAAUGGAAUGGCGAGGUCGUGCAGCACGACAACACGGAGAACAUGAUUUUCACUGUUGCCCAAAUUCUGUCGUCCAUGUCCAUUGGGACCACGGUUCAACCCGGGACGGUUGUCUUUUCUGGAACGUGCGGAGGUGGCACCUGGUUUAAAUCAGAAGGGGCAGCGGGGACAGGAAUCAAGGACGGCGACGAAAUUGAAGUAGAGGUCAAUGGCCUCGGGAAGGUUCGGGCAUAUCCCUGCUUCGACAAGUAG